AUGUCUGCAGCGGUCGAUUCAGCUCAUCACAACUUUGGCCGCCAUAAUCACUUGGACGGCAUGGCUCAACACCACAGCUACCACGAUCGGUACGGCCCGGGGCAUGGACACUAUGUCCUCGAAGAGCAGCAGCCCCGGCAGACGUCUCAGGCAAGACAGCUGCCCCGGUUACCGCCCAUGGCUACCAUGAUCCCGCCCGCGUCCUCUAACCCUUCUCCGGUGUUCUCUGCCAGCGGGAGAGGCGGCUACUACUCCGACUAUGCAACGCCUUCUCCAGUUGGGCAAACACCACCGCAAUUCCCCAUUCCGAGUAGCGAUCCUCACUCGAUGGCGAAGCGGGCGGUCGACAUUCGGUGCUCUCCGACCCUGUCCUCCACGGCCAGCGACAGAUCGACGGAAGACGUGGCACAGGAGAUGCGUCUGAGGCAGAUGGGCGGACUGCACGACCCGUACGCCCACGGCCCUCGUCAGCUCCCUCACUACCCGUCUCCCCGAUCAAGAGGCAACUCAUUGCAUAACGACAAUGCCUAUCCAUCAGCAUUGCCCAAACCUCCUUCGUCCGCUCCUUUUCCGUCUGUUUCUUCAAUAUCCAACGGCCAUGCAUCACCAGUAGCAUCCGCACCAGUCCCGCACAGCCCCCCCAGCACCCAACCAUCGACCUCGCCACGCCCAGAACCCAAGUCCAUGAGCAUCUCCAACCUCCUCAGCGGGGGCAGUUCCGAAGCCGCUCCCCCGACAUCCUCCUCACCCUCCCUCUCAUCCAGCACCGCAGCCGCUGCCUCAGCAGCACCCACAGCCGCGCCCACCCGCGCGCCCGCACCACCCCCGCGCGCUCCCAACUCCGAAUACCGCAUCACCGUCCGCCAACAGCCCUCGGCCGCCCGCAGCUGCGGCUUCGGCGAGCGCGACCGUCGCGUAAUCGACCCGCCCCCAAUCGUGCAGCUCACAAUUCACGACCCGUCGCUCUCGCAAGACGACAUCGACCGCCGCCUGCGUCACCAGUUCUCAGUCGUGCACUGCUCCAUCUGGGACGAGCACGGCGUCAAAGACAUGUCCAGCAUGCCCGAGGACUUCCGCCAACAACGCCGGCUGAUGGGCACCCUGGUGGCUUCCCCCUUUGUUGGCCUCGACGAGAAGGGCGAAGAAGGGUGUUUCUUUUGUUUCCCUGAUCUGAGCUGUCGGACGCCGGGUACGUUCCGACUCAAGUUUGCGCUGGUGGUGCUCGACCCGGCAAGGAUGUGUUCCGGCGAGCGGUCGGCGAUUGUGGCGACGGCGAUGAGUGAGAGUUUCCAGGUGUAUAAUGCGAAGGAUUUCCCUGGGAUGCAGGCUAGCACGCCGUUGACGAAGAGGUUGAAGGAGCAGGGGUGUUUGAUUAGUAUUAAGAAGGGGAAUGAUAAGAGGGAGAUGGGCGGGAGCUCGAAGGGGGACGAUGAUGAUGAGGAUGAGGAUGAGGAUGGGGACUUAUACACGUGGUUAUGA